UAAUAUUUUAUUACAACUUACAGUGGCGGAUUUAAGGGGGGGCCAGAGGGGCCUGGGCCCUCCUUGGCCCAUAAGAUGUAUAAGAAUAUAACCGUGACUUAAAUUUAUAAUCAUGAUUUACGAAAAAUUCAGGUUUUGAAUUUGUUUUAAUACUUAAUAUUUAAUUAUAUUAUACUUUAUAUUUAUAAGUCAACCGUGAAUGCCGCUAUAAUAUAACAUCUUAUCUUAUCGCCUAUUAGAUUGACGUAAAAUGACAUAACUUGCAGCCAGUGUCAAAUAUCUUAUCUGAAAUGAACAAUUAUUAGAAAUAGGUUAAAAUAUUAUAUGAUUUGGUUUAGUUUACUUUUGUCGUUGUUACACAUAUGAGUAUCGUCUUGCCUUCGUAGUUCGUUAUAUAAUGUCACAACUAAAGAGUAUGAUAUAGGAUUCGCAGUUGAAGAGGAAUGUAAUGUUAAAAUACGAAAAGAGAUAAGUGAACUUUAUAAUUAUUUAAGUAAAACGUGGACUCCAAAUAAAAAUUAUAUUUUUCCAGUAACAAAAGAUAAAAACGGUCAUAGUAGAAAUUUUCGUAUUGAAUGGAUAGAUAAAUACAAUUGGUUAGCUUAUAGUCAUUUAAGUAAGGGAGCUUUUUGCAAAGUUUGUGUACUUUUUGGACCAAAGGUGGGUGGUAUUGGGGGACAAAAGCUUGGAAUCUUGAAAGAAACUCCUUUAAUUAAGUACAAAGAUGCUUUAUAUGAUUUAAAAAAACACUGUGAAAGAGAAUAUCAUAAAACUGCAACUUUACGAUCAUUGGAAUUUAUUAAAUGUUUUGAAGGUAAACAACAAACCAUUGAAGUUCAACUUGAUGAUCAAUUAAAUAAAACAGUUGAAGAAAAUAAAAAUAAAUUGAUUCCCAUAGUUAAAACUAUUAUUUUUUGUGGCCGUUAUAAUAUUUCUUUGCAAGGACACCGUGAUGAUGUUAAUUUAAAAAAAUUGAUUCCUAUUGACGAUACAGCAAAUGUUCAUGAAAUUCAAGCAAUUAAUAAUCAAAAUAUUGGAAUAUUUAAACAAUUGUUAUUAUUUAGAAUAGACGCUGGUGAUGAAAAUUUUCGUAAACAUUUUGAAUCGGUAUCAAAAAACGCGACAUUUGUCAGUAAAACUGUUCAAAAUGAAUUGAUAAAUAUAUGCAGCUCAGUCAUAACAGAUAAACUUAUAAAAGAGGUGAAGGACAGUGUUUUUUAUUCAAUUUUAUGUGACGAAACUUCAGAUUUGGCGCAUAUUGAACAAAUGAGUUUAUCUGUUAGAUAUGUAGAUACAACAACAUGUACAAUUAAAGAAAAUUUUAUUUGGUUUGUACCUGUAUUUGAAUGUACUGGUGAAAACUUGGCUAAUGUAAUUAUUCAAAAAUUGAAGGAAUUAGGUUUAAGUUUAGAAUUUUUACGAGGCCAAGGAUACGAUGGAGGUGCUAAUAUGUCGAGGAAAUAUAAAAGAGUACAAGCUAGAAUUCUUAAUUUACAACCAAAAUCGUUUUAUACACAUUGUGCAUCACAUCGGUUAAAUUUAACAUUAUUAAAAGCUUGCAAUGUACUAUCCAUAAAAAAAUUAUUUUCGACCGUUAAAGAAGUAUGCAAUUUUGUACAUGAUUUCCCAAAAAGAGUUGAUUUGAUUAAAAAAGUAAUCACUGAACAUUUACCGACAUCAAAAUCUAUUAUUUUAAUAAAACUAUGCGAAACGCGAUGGGUUGAAUCUCAUGAGGCGAUUCUUAGAUUUUCGGAUAUGCUUUUGCCUAUUAUAAAAUUCUUGGAAGAUAUAAUAGGUAAAACAGAUGGAAAUAUACUUUCAAAAUGCAAUGGACUUCUUCGAUCAGUAUUAAAUUUUGAAUUUAUUUUGUCUUUGGAAGUAGCGGUCGAAAUACUGUCAAUAACUUUGCCAAUAUCAUGUCAGCUACAAAAUCCAGAUUUAGAUUUAACAAAGUGUAUUGAAAUGAUAAAUCUUGUGUUGGUUGCUCUUAAAAAUAACAGAGAAGUAACAAAAUUUAAUAAUAUUUUUAAUCGAGCUGUGUCUAAAGCAGGCGUGUUAAAUAUUGAUGUUAAAAUUCCACGGAUAUGUAAAAGACAAGCUCACCGAUCAAAUUUAACUACUUCAAGUACUGAAGAAUAUUUUAAAAUUACAGUUUAUUUCACCGUUUUGGAUAAUUUUAUAACGUCUAUUCAAAAUAUGUUUUUGGACAAUCAAAAUAAUGUAGUGUUUAAAAUACAACAACUUAUACCAAAUUACUUAAAUGCUCUAUCUGAAGAGGAUAUUUUAAAAGGUGCAUCUUUCUAUGAAUCAGAUUUACCAGGAACACUUAACGAAUUAAAAGCUGAAAUCAUGUUGUGGCAGUUACAUUGGGCUAAACAACCAGAAAAAAAAAUCAAAAAUCAGCACCGCUAUGGAAGCAUUUAAAGAAACUAAAGGUGGAUAUUUCCCAAACAUACGACAACUAUUACUUAUUCUUGUAUUACCUGUAACGACAUCAACAAGUGAGAGAUCUUUUUCUAGCUUAAAAAGAAUCAAAUCAUAUUUGAGAACGACAAUGGGAGAAAAUCGUUUGAAUGGGUUAUCAUUAUUAAAUAUUCAUCAUCAUAUUGAUAUAAAACCAGAAGAAGUAAUAGAUUUGUUUGCAAAACAACAUUCGAAACAUUACAAUUUUGUUUA